UUUCUUUUGAUUAGGAAGAAGUCUCUGCAGCGAUGUCGGAGACCGCUCCCGCCGCCGCUCCCGCCGUCGCGGCCCCGGCCGCCAAGGCCGCCGCCAAGAAGCCGAAGAAGGCGGCGAGCGGCUCCAAGGCCCGCAAGCCCGCGGGGCCCAGCGUCACCGAGCUGAUCACCAAGGCCGUGGCCGCCUCCAAGGAGCGCAAGGGGCUCUCGCUCGCCGCGCUCAAGAAGGCGCUGGCCGCCGGCGGCUACGAUGUGGAGAAGAACAACAGCCGCAUCAAGCUGGGGCUCAAGAGCCUCGUCAGCAAGGGCACCCUGGUGCAGACCAAGGGCACCGGCGCCUCCGGCUCUUUCCGCCUCAGCAAGAAGCCCGGGGAAGUGAAGGAAAAAGCCCCCAGGAAGAGAACAGCUGCAGCCAAGCCCAAGAAGCCGGCGGCGAAGAAACCCGCCAGCGCCGCCAAGAAGCCCAAGAAGGCGGCGGCGGUGAAGAAGAGCCCCAAGAAAGCCAAGAAGCCGGCGGCUGCAGCGGCCAAGAAAGCGGCCAAGAGCCCCAAGAAGGCGACAAAAGCUGCCAAGCCCAAAAAAGCGGCGGCGGCAGCGAAGAGCCCGGCUAAGGCAAAGGCGGUGAAGCCCAAAGCAGCCAAGCCCAAGGCAGCUAAGCCCAAAGCAGCGAAGGCAAAGAAGGCAGCACCGAAGAAAUGAAGUGUUGAAGUGGAAAUACUUUUAAACCCAACGGCUCUUUUAAGAGCCACCCACUAUUGUCCCCAAAAGGGCUGAUACACUCCGUCACUGAGCUCCGUGCCUGCAGCAGAGCCAACUAUUCGCCACUAUCCGUGUGGGACGUAAGUCUGUGGAGUGGAUGGGACGCUAAACUUCCGGCCCUGGUUUUACACUAAGACUUGGAAAAAUAAAAGUUUACAUUCCCGGCGAAAA